AUGUCAGACACAGAGGAAAAUUCAGGGAGGGGGAAGGGCCGAAAGGCCAAAAGGCAGAAGACAAGGCGCACGCCUGCGCCGGAGCCUACGCCUCCACCCGUGCGGACUGGGCUCAAACUAAAACUCCGUCUCUCGACGACAAGACCGACGAUUUCUGUCAGCCCUUUGAUAAACCUGACGGAUGACGUUGAUGAGGAAGAAACUGGCUUUGAGGACGUACUGGACGUCUACCUACCAUCUUGGUUAGAUGAGCGGUCUAUGAUGCUCGCCUCUACGACAGAGAAGGACGUAUAUGAUCGUGUCGUCCGACCUCCUACGCGCUCAGAAGCAUUCAAUAUCCUGGGUCGUUCCGACCAGUCUUCCGCGGCCAAAAUUGUCGCAAGGAAACUCAUCUUGGAUGUCAAGGGCAAGCGCCGCGACACGGAAAACCCAUCUAUGAUUGGGCCAAUACCGCCGCCCGCCACACAAGCAGACCCAACCGUAAUUGACGGGCUAUACAGCAUUCGGACAACGCCGUAUGAGCGCACGCUGCAGAGUCGUGUUAUUGGUGCCAACCCCGAAUUCACGGUACCCAAAGUAUGUUUCGAAAUAGACUGGCACACGCAGGGUCCGUGGACAGAGGUAAUGUCCGAUAUAAAGGAGCACUACUCCCUUCGUUGUCUCGUUGCUGAGCCACUAGCGACGGAAAAUGCCGCACCCUUGAUAUAUACAUGCUUAGCUACAGAACAUCUGCCUCAAGUGCACGACCUUCUGCAACGGACGUUUUGGGACGGAAUAGACGUUAGCGAUUCGUUGGAAUACUCACCAGAGCGCUGUACGGUCGUCGUGCUCUACAAGCGUGUGGUGGUCGGCGUCGCCAUCAUGAGUUCGCCGCAGGCGACCUACAUCACAUAUCUCGCGGUUCGCUCAGGUUGGGAGGGUUGCCAAAUUGCAACGAAGAUGAUUUACCACCUCGUUUCUCUCAACCCAUACAAGGAUAUAACGCUCCACGUGUCUGCCAAUAACCCCGCCAUGCUUUUGUAUAAUCGCGUUGGAUUCAAGGCUGAAGAGUUCGUGCUAGGGUUCUACGACGAGUUCCUACCCAAGGAUGCACGAGCCAGCAAGAAUGCAUUCCGCCUUCGCCUUCGCCACCGCUGA